AUGGUCUCUUCAGCGAGCGUCCCAACCCAGUACACGCUGACCUGGGAUGCCCGCACCAGCUCCGAUGCCCCUACAGAAAGCCCUCGCCGCUCUGACCUUUGCCAGUCGUCGCAGCGCCGUCUGCGCGAGGCCUGCGACGGCUGUCGACACUCUAGGGUCCGCUGCGGCGGCGGCCAGCCCUGCUCCCGAUGCCACACCCGUGGUAUGGACUGUCAUUACGGCGUGUCCAGGCGCAGCGGAAGACUGAGGGCGAGUCCCUUGCGCGAUACGCAACCAGCAGCAACUAUCACUACUUCCUCGCCGACCAUCUCGUCGGUCACGGCAAAUGCUCUAGAUGAGACGAAUGGCCAUCCGAAAUCAACACCAAUGGUCGACCCGUCUGCCGUUUUGGUCUCCAGUAGCCAACCAGACUUGGGUAAUUUCAAUACCGACGCUUGGCUGAACUUCAGCACCUUCAUGGGCGCUCCAUCUUCUUCAUCUCUUGACGACUUGAAUCUAUAUCCAAGCUUCGCUGUAGACAUGCCUCCCACGCAGCUGUACGACGCACCAACGACCACCACCAUCAAUGAUAACAGCAACCACAAUAACACUUUCUCUCCCCCUCAUACACCACCAAUCCGCAAUGCACCGUCCACCUGCAACUGUCUCUCCUCCCAGUUCUCCUGCAUGGCUACCAUGACCAGCUUUCGGGAUGCAAACAACGUCGGCAUCGACACGAUCCUCAACACCGCCCGUGAAACCACCAAGAUGCUCAGUGAUCAGCUCAAUUGCACCGACUGCACCAAAGGCACAUGGAGUUUUGUCGUCAACAUACUGAUUCUACAACGCCUGCUUUACAUGUUUUGCAGUCUGGCGACAUGCCGAUACAUCGAUGUCAAGUCUGUAAAACUAGGAGUCGGCAACUAUCAACUAUCGGAGGAGGAGGACCUAACGCACAAGAAGAUGCUUGCGCUGUCGUCGCUUAAGCUGCUCGAAGAAUUUCUUGGCAAUUUUAGAGAUGCGGUUAAUAAAUUCCUCAAUCUGACGGCGACGAUGAAGUCGCAAUGCAAUACACCGCUGACAACCGACUACGCGAAUCUCAAGUUUGCGGCCGACGGGCUAGACUACAUCACCGCUAGGCUCAAGACCAUUAAGGGGACAAUCGAGUCUGACAGUUGGAGGCGAGUGUAA